AUGGUAGGAGCAUAUUUUAACACAGUCGCCUUCCUACUACCAACUUUACUAAACCAAAAACACUACCAGGACAAUAACGAGGAGGGAGUACAAGGCUCUCAGACUGUCAAACCGCGCACAAGCGAGUCCGACGCAGAGUCUUUCUGGGAGUGUAUUCGGGCCUGUAAAUCCUUUCAGUCUGAAAGGUCCGAGGGUCUCAAAGCUGAACAAGAGACCUCACGCUCUUCAGUGCGUCGCAGUCGAGACCCUGAAAGUGACUCUGAAGUUGGAAACACUACUUUGCCAAAGCAGAAGCAUAGGAAAAUGUCUGACUCUCCCAGUAUCGCGCGUACUAAAAUUCUAGCUUAUCCUAGCAAACGAGUCCGGCGAGUCCAAGCAUUCACAAGAAGAAGCAAAACUCCAGAUGACUCAAUUGACAUUGCCCCAACAGCCGUCAAUGUUAAAAUAAUGUCAUCACUGCAACGUACUUUUAAGACAAUUGACCGCGUGGAGCGGUUGCAGAGAAAAAGGAUUAUGACGCUCCCGGAAAAUUUGGAACAGGAGCGCAUGGUAGGAGAUUUUGUGAACGGUUGGUUUUCCAAUGUGCAAAGGCAGAUAAGGUUCGACGUCGAGGAGGAAGAGGAUUGCAUCUCGCUCGAAGAUAAUAUCUCAACUGACUGCACUGAUGAUGUGAUUGAAGGCGAUUUGUCUAACAGCGAGUGUGGCGAGGAUGAACUCUUUGACGACGAAAGUGAUAAAAAUCGGGAAUGA